AUGUCCGUGAGUUACUUUGGGUCAUUCGCUGGAGCCUUGGAGCCUCGGAGCCUCAGGACCUUCAAUUUCGAUAUCAUCCGGGUUGGAUGCAUCUAUGGGAGCGAUAGCCCAGUGUUGAAGUUCAUCAGCCAACUGCUGGUGUGCCCCAUUGGUUGUUGGGCCUUGCUGGGCGGCUGUGGCUGCUUUUUCCUCAUUGGCUGUGUGAGCAGCCGGCUGCAGCAUCCCGUGCCGCUGGACACCAGCAUCAGCCGCUGUGGAAUGUUGCUCUUCGCCUUUUUCCUGUCCAUCACAUUGCGGAAUUUGAUGCCGUUUCAAUGUGUUCCGAAUCCUGAUGGCAGCUCUUCGAUGGUUUCGCAACCUGGAAUUAUUUGCUAUGACUCCGAUGAGCACGUGUUGCUCAUGGUGCUGGCCAUGGUGGGGUUGCUGCAGCCUUUCCUGGUGCUCUGCUGGGCGACCUACGCCACGGUGACCUUUCCUUCGCGCAUCGCCAGUGGCCGGGGUCUGUGCCUGGUGCAUCGCUAUCGCUUCCUGUUCCAUCGCUUCAAACCGGACUGUUUCUAUUACGGCCUCUUCUUGUUGUACCGCAAUGGCCUCAUCGCCUUGUUGCCCGUUCUCUUGGUGAAGUUACCAGAGGUGCAGGUGCCCUUCAUGGGAAUGGUGCUCUUGAUCUCCAUGGCGUUGCAAAGCCGGAAGUAUCCCUGGCGAAGCACAGAAGCCAACUACAUUGAACUACUUCUCACGGGCUUUCUGUUGGUGAUCUUAUUGGGCGCCGCACCGCUGCUGGAGAUCAACAUCGACACAUCAUCUGAAGCUUUGGGCUGGCUGCUUUGUGUACCGGUGGUGGGCCUGGUGGUCUUGGCCGGUUAUUGGGACCCAGAGCAGAUGCAGAUGCUGGCGAACUACGGCAUUUCCUUGCAGGACGUACAUCAGGCGUAUCGCUGGAUGCAACAGGAGCUGAGUCCCCUGCGAAUGCCCAGGUUCGGGCGAGUCUGGCGUCGCGAAGCCGUGGUGGUGGACCUGUUGCACCGUGUGGAGUUACCGAGCUCUUCCACCUCGGCACAGAUUGUGGCCGGCAGGAAAGCACUACAAUCCCAACGGCGCCCGCAUUUUGAUCACCAGCUGCGUCACCGAUGCGGAGGCGCUUUCUGCGUGCGAAGUCUUUCAAUGUCUGCUGCAAAGUCACUUGCAGGUGGAAUGUGCGGUGGCACAGAAUAG